CUGAGGUUUGGACCAAAAAGAGUUGACAUUCUGUUUAUAACCUUUUCAGACAACUUCUGAUAUUCACUUUACACUAACAAUACUGAGAAGGUGUCAAUCUUGAAACAAAUUUGAUCAGCGUUGCAAAAAAGAAGAAGCUGAAUUAAAGAAAAUGAAUGGUUUUACAUAUCUGACCAGAUUUCUUAGUAGCCAUUCUUCUUACUCUAGACUUCUGCUUCUCUCUUCUGUCAGUACUGGAGGUCUAUUGGUAUAUGCAGAAUCGAACGUAGAGAGCAGAAAACAAGUCGUCGAAGAGAAUCAAUCAGUAUCAGCGAAGAAGAGAGUAGUGGUGCUUGGAACAGGAUGGGCUGGUACCAGCUUCCUAAAGGAUCUUGACAUUUCUUCAUAUGAUGUUCGAGUGGUUUCGCCGCGUAAUUAUUUUGCAUUUACACCACUGUUACCUAGUGUCACAUGUGGAACAGUUGAGGCACAAAGUAUCGUUGAGCCAGUUCGGAACAUAAUAAAGAAGACAAGUGGAGAAAUUCAGUUUUGCGAAGCACAAUGUCUAAAGAUUGAUCCAGAGAACAACAAAGUAUUUUGCCGCUCCGGUAUCAAUGAUAAUUUGGUGGGACAUAAUGAUUUCUCCCUACAAUAUGACUAUUUGAUCAUAGCAGUGGGAGCUCAAGUAAAUACUUUUAACACUCCGGGUGUCAUGGAACAUUGCCACUUUCUAAAGGAAGUGGAAGAUGCUCAAAGGAUACGGAGGACUGUAAUAGAUUGUUUUGAGAAAUCUGUCAUUCCCGGCCAAACUGACGAAGAGCGAAGAACAAACCUCCAUUUUGUUAUAGUUGGCGGGGGUCCAACUGGAGUGGAAUUUGCUGCUGAGCUACACGACUUUGUUCAUGAGGACUUAGUAAGAAUAUAUCCAUCAGUUAAGGAUUUAGUGAAGAUCACACUUAUCCAGUCUGGAGAUCAUAUCCUGAAUACAUUUGAUGAAAGAAUAAGCUCAUUUGCUGAACAGAAAUUUCAAAGAGAUGGAAUUGAGGUUAUGACAGGUUGCCGCGUCAUUAGUGUCUCUGAUCAUUUUAUCAGCAUGAACGUAAAAUCUACAGGAGAACAUGUUGAAGUACCCUACGGAAUGGUUUUAUGGUCAACUGGAGUUAGUACCCGACCAUUUGUGAAGGAUUUUAUGGAACAAAUUGGCCAGGGUAAAAGACGCGUUCUAGCAACUGAUGAAUGGUUGCGAGUAAAGGGAUGUAACAAUGUUUACGGACUUGGUGAUUGCGCCACUGUAGAUCAACGUAAAAUAAUGGAAGACAUUUCUGCGAUUUUUAGAGCUGCGGAUAAGGAUAAUAAUGGAAGUUUAUCAGUUGAGGAAUUCCAAGAUGUCCUGGAAGACAUAAUUAUUCAUUAUCCUCAAGUGGACUUGUAUCGGAAGAGCAAACAUUUGUUAGAGGCGACAGACUUACUCAGGGAUUCAAAGGGAAAUAAAAGAGAGGAGGUAGAUAUUGAAGGGUUUAAGUUAGCCCUUUCUCAUGUCGAUUCACAGAUGAAGAGUCUACCUGCCACUGCUCAGGUUGCUGCUCAACAAGGUACGUAUCUUGCUGGUUGCUUUAACCGUUGGGAGCAAUGCAAAAGUAAUCCUGAAGGCCCCCGCCAUUUCAAAAGUUCUGGUCGUCAUGAAUUUUUACCCUUCCGGUAAUAGCUUAACCUUCUCGGACCUUUCCUUUUCAUAUUGUCCUAGCUUGUUACAUGUAAGCAUACUGGGAAAACUAACUGCUAUUUUCUUGUUACACUUCUAUACAUGGCUCGUGCUAUUUUUUCCAAAUCCUCUAUGGGGGAUGAAACUGAAGUAUGACCAGAAUUUUGUUCUCUACAAAUUGGUCUUGCAUACAACAGAAGUUUUGUUAAGAACACAUUUAUGUUCCUUAAGAAAAGAACAGAAAUGUGGUCCCGUCCCUCUAUCUGUAUUGGGAAAAAUUGAGUUUACAUAUUAAAGUGGAAUAAAGAUGACGUGUCAAGACACGUAGACUAGUGAAAGAGUUACAGCUGGCAAAGAGACACGAGUUGCAACAGAUACGAGCAAAGACAAAGGAAGAGGCACGGGCAGAUAUUCAAAGGACUCGGCGCCCGUAUCUAUUUAAGUCAUUUAGGUCCAGGAAUCAAGGGGAAUGAAUCUGACAAUAUAUGAGAGUACAUAUAUAGUAUUUAGUGAGCAUUAAAUACUGAAUACGUUAGAAAAUCUUUAUUAAAUACAAUGAUUGUGUAACGUAGCAUUAAAUGUCUUUAAUUACUCAUAAUAGCCUUAUUAUGACAAGGGCAAAACACAUAUCUCCCAAAUAGCUAUAAAAGGGAGAUAACUGAUCAAUUGUGAGGAGACGAAAUACUAUCUGAAUAUAUUGAUUUACUUGUUUUUCUUCUGAUUAUAUUAUUGCUAGCCAAAUUACUUUCUUUCAUAAAUUCUUUUGAUUAUC